GCGGGCGGUGCGAGGCGCGGCCCCGCCAUGGCGGCGGAGGGGGAGGACCCGCUGGGCUAUUUCGCGGCCUACGGCAGCUCCAGCUCCGACUCGGAGCCCGAAGAGCCGCGGCCCGACGAGCGCCCGGCGGGAGCCGGCGCGGCCUCGGGGGCUACCCCGGGGCGGCCGCGGCUGCCGCCGCCCGACGAGCUCUUCCGUCGGGUGUCGCAGCCGCCCGCCUUCCUCUACAAUCCUCUCAACAAGGAGAUCGACUGGGAGAGCCGCGUCCUGCGGGCGCCCGAGGAGCCCCCCAGGGAAUUCAAGGUGUGGAGGAGCAACGCCGUGCCCCCGCCGGAGACCUACAGCCCGCCCGAGAAGCCGCCGCCGCCGGCCCCCGCCCUCGACAUGGCCAUAAAGUGGUCCAACAUCUACGAGGACAAUGGCGACGACGCGCCCCGCCAGGCCGGCAAAGCCAAGUUCCUGCCGGACGAGGAGCAGGAGCCCCUGGAGUCGGAUGAUGAAAAAGACGAUGAACCAGCUUCUGCUAAGAAACGUAAAGUAGAGUCUGGAGAACAGGCAAAGAAGAAGAAGAAGAAGGUAUAAGCAGGGUGUUCUGGAUUUAGACAUAAUGAGAAUUUCAAGAAACUUGGAUUCCUCUGCUGGAAUGGGAAACAAAAACUUGUUUACUGCAUUUCUCUCUUGGGUAGGGAAUUUUAUUUCUGUAGUAUGCUUGCCUUUUGGAAAGCACAAAAUUAAAUGGACAGUGUUGUGGUAGAACUUGUUUACUGAAUAAAAUUUAAACCUGUUUAUUUGAAACAAGGGUUUAGAUGAAAGAUCCAUUGCCAUGGAUACUUGUGCUCAUGCAGGUUACAGGGCUUCACAGUAUUUUGUUUAUCAAGAAACCCAGUAACAUGCGUUUUUCUGGACUGACUUUUCCAUUGUGUCAAAACCUUUUAUAAAGGAGUAUAUCCUAAAGAUUUUUUUAGGUAUUGGUCUGUGAUAUGUUCACAUAAUGUUGUUUUUAAAUAUAUGUAUAGACUGCAAAUAGUCACUGGAAUAAAACUACAUUUGAAAACA